AUGUUUCUACGGAUAUGUGGACAUAAUGAAGUUCAAAGGGAUGUUGGAUUGCGUUUCGGACGAACUCAAGAAACAGUGAAGAGAAAAUUCUUUGAAGUUCUUAACGCGACUGAGUUGCUUGCUUGUGAUUAUAUCAACACUCCAACAAGUGAAGAACUUCUUAGGAUUCCUGAACGGCUUAUAAUGGAUCGAAAAUAUUGGCCAUAUUUUAGUGGAUUUGUUGGAGCAAUGGAUGGAGUUCAUGUAUGUGUUAAAGUCAAGCCAGAAUUGCAAGGAAUGUAUUGGAAUCGACAUGACAGAACUUCAUUCAACAUCAUGGCAAUAUGCGAUUUGAAUAUGUUAUUCACAUAUGUUUGGAAUGGAGCGCCAGGAUCAUGUCACGAUACCGCAGUGCUCAACACGGCACAAGAAAAGGAUUCUGAAUUUCCUUUGCCUCCGGGAGAUAAGUAUUACGUGGUUGAUUCCGGUUAUCCAAAUAAACAGGGUUUUCUUGCUCCUUAUAGAUCUUCAAGAAACACGGUUUUUCGCUAUCAUUUGUCUCAAUUCGAGAAUGGUCCCCCUCCACGGAAUAUGCAAGAACUCUUUAACCGUUGGCAUGCAUCUCUACGUUCAGUUAUUGAGAGGACAUUUGGAGUUUGGAAGAAGAAAUGGAGGAUUCUCUGUGAAUUUCCUAGAUAUAAUAUGAAGGUACAAAAACAAGUGGUAAUGGCUACAAUGGGAUUACACAAUUUUAUACGGAUUUCAAAUUUUACAGAUGAUGAUUUCGGUGAACAAAUGGGACACGCAGAAAUGGAGAAUAUAAAUUUUGAGGGUGAUUUAGGUGACACAGAAACUACAGAAAUAGCUGAGGGAGAUCUUAUGGCGAACAUCAGAGAUAAUAUUGCAAAAUCGUUAUGGGCAAAUCGAAAUAAUCUGCUAGAUUCUACAGCAUGGGCAACAGCACAGGAAAGACAAGUGCUGGGAAACCCACACGAGGUGAUACAAGGGGAAACACCUCGCACAAGAGACAUUUGUCAAGUGGAUGGGGCUUGGAAGGAGACAGAAUGUCGAGCUGGGUUAGGAUGGUAUUAUUUUAACACGGAUACCCAGGAAAAGUUGAUGGGUACCUUUAAUCUACGGCGGGGGAUCUCGCCGCUUCAGACAGAGUUGGAGGCCCUUAUCUGGGCAAUGCAAUGCAUGUUAAGGCAUAACAAAUUAAUUAUGGUAUUCGAGACGGACUGUUCCAAUGUGGUGAAGAUGGUGUCUAAACCAGAGUAG